GUUGGCUCCCCAUUUCUUUUUCCUUCCCAUUCCAGAUUCUUCCUCUCUCCUCCGCUCAUCUCCAGUAUAGUAUCUUCCGCCCCCUUUCACAGUCCUUUCUUCUGCUACCAAACAAAAUAAACCCCCACCCUUCUGCCAUCCCUUUUCUCCCCCUAUAAGCUUGUAUCUCGCCACCAUCUCUCACAGUGCCGACACAGACGCUCAUCAAGUGCUUGGCUUAAAUCUGCAAUCGCUAUUCCUCCAGAUGGAAUCUUUAGUAUCUUUUUUUACAGAUCUGACUUUAGAGGGAAGCAUAGUAUCCAACUUCAAAGUCCAAUCCAAGUUACUGCAAUUCUCUAAGGAUUUGGUCUCCAGGCAAACUGGUUGAAGAUUUGAAAUAGGAUGGUGAGCGUCCUUUUUUUUGGAAUUUUGUACUUCAUUAAUAUGUACGUAGUAUCUCUUAAUCGGUCAAUUUGUGAUCCUGGUUUGUAAAUUAAGUUUGUUUGUAAUCCAUUUUCCUGAAGUUUAUUCCUAAUAAAUAGAUAUAGGUUAGAAUUAGGAGAAGAGGCCCAGCAACUGAGUUCGAAGCUUAUCAAAGACAUAUUUGAAAUUUGACAACACAUGCUCACUUGAAGGCAACAUUGUCGCUGAAUUCGAUGAAGCGCAUACUCAAGAGUUUUUUAACACCAUUGAUGCAUCAGGGAUUCCAAACCAUGAAUUGGAACUAAAGGCAUAGGUUAUAUUCUGCAAAAAUUGGUCAGAGGUUUUGAUUCCACGACUAUCAUUGAUUCCAUUAGAUAGCAGAAUUUCUUUCAAAUUUCAACACAGAUUGGAUUCAUCACUCACUAGUAGCUACUGCUCCUACUCACUCAUUCAAAGCUAAGCCUUCGUCUUGUCUCUGUUCUAGCCUUUCAGUUACUCUUCACCAAUUGCCCUGCAAAUUGAAAACCAUCCACAAAUGGGGAAGCAAAAGGUAGUAUUUAGCAUCACUAUGAGGGAUGAAAAGGCUAAAGUCAGAGCACACAAGAUUGUCGUUCACCACUCCGGAGUUGUUACAACGUCUGUGGACCGAGAGAAGGGGCGGAUAGAGGUGGUCGGCGAGUUUGAUGCCGUGGCGUUGGCCGUGGAGCUUAGAAGGAAACUUGGUCAAGCUAAUAUAGAGACCGCGGCCCCUGUGGUUGAAGAAAAGAAGAAAGAAUAUAAAAAGAAUGAUGCCCCAACUCCCCAAUACAGGACAAUCACUUUUGAUCCAUACACUUCGUAUCAAGCGUCUUCUUACUACUAUAGAUAUUAGGCUAAGUGUUACAAUAUUUAAUGAUUAUGAAAAUGUGUGGGAGGCGUGGAAUUGUAAAUCAAUCCACUUUGUAAAGGUACUAAUAAACCUAUUUAUAUAUAUGUUCUUGUCAUUUAGGAUUCUUUUCUUGCCAUCUUUAUCAAAAUUUUAUCAAGGCUAGCCCGGUACAAUAUAUUUGUCGAGCAAUUUGAGCCUGGAUUUGCUACAAGUCAAGAAUUAAAGACAAUUUGAACACCAAAAUAAUUUAUAAUACGGAUUUGCAAGGAGUUGAAAUAUGCC